AAUGUGCUGCUAAUAUUAAGAAAUAUAAUAAAACUAUAGAAACUUUAACAAAGAAAUUAAAUAUAAUUAAAGCUGAAAAUAAAUCAUUACAUGGACGUAUUGGAAAAUUUUUGCAAAUUCGCAAGCAACAUAUAUCAAAAAUACGUUCUAAUGCUA